AUGGCCGACCUAGACGAUGCCUUCCUGGAGCUCGUCGGUGGCGAUGAGUCCGAGGAUGAGGCCUCGGAGCAGGAAAUGAACAUCAGCCAAGCGGGGUCUGAUUCAGAGGAUGAAGGUAGACAGGCGACUAAGAGCUCCUCAUCAGCAAAGAAAACCAAAAAGAGGAGGCAGGGUGACUCUGACGAGGAAGAGGGCGAGGCUUCUGACGCCGAAUCAGUGGCAUCGCAAGAAUCCGUCCCGAUGGAUGAAAGCGACUCAGAAGCUGGCUCGCCAGCUCCCAACGCGAAUGGAGCUGUCGCCGAUGAGGAUGACAAGUACCCCUACGAAGGCAUGUUUGAGAGCGCCAAGGAAAAGGCAGAGAUAAUGGCUCUGCGUGAGGUUGAGCGCGAGUCUAUCCUAGCCGAACGUGCCCAAGAGAUUGAGCGACAGCGCCAGAACCGCCUUCUCCGACAACUUGUGAGCGCUGCCGACAAUAAGAAGCGCAAGGCCGACAAUGCCGAGCUUGAGGAGACACAGCGCAAGACCUCGCGACAAAGAACCAAGAUUGGUGGAUCCAAGGUCGGCGAAACGAGCGCCGGUAUCGAGUCACUUCGUCGCGCCAGAGCAGAGAAGAGUGAACGCCAGCGUCGCCUGGCUGAUGAUCGAGAGCGCAACAAGAAGUCUGCCAGAAUCUCUUCUGGCAGCCCAGAUCGAGAUGGUGAUGCCGAGAGUGAUGUUGAGUGGGAUCAUUCCAAGAGGCGUUCUCGAUCGCGCACUCCCGAGGUCAAGGAGGUCCCUCUUGCCGAUCUGAGAGACAUUGAGCGUGUGAGACUUGGUCGCAGUCGCUUUGCACAGAUCUGCUUCUUCCCUGGCUUCGAACAGGCCAUCACUGGCUGUUUUGCGCGCAUCUCCAUUGGCCCUGAUCCUCAGAACAGAGAUGGGCCCAACCAGUAUCGCAUGGCCGUUAUCAAGAGAUUCACGACUGGCAAGCCGUAUGCUAUGGAGAAGUCCAAUGGACAAACAUUCGUGACCGAUCAAUACGCUGUUGCUGCCCACGGCAAGGCCGAGAGAGAGUGGCCCUUCAUUGCUUGUUCCGACAGUGCCUUCACAGAGUCCGAGUUCAACAGAUACAAGGCGACACUUCAGCACGAAGGCCUCAACAUUCCGAAGCGACCUAACUUGUUAGCCAAGGCUGAUGACAUCAACAAGCUGCGAAGCAGAUCCUGGACCGAUCAAGAGCUGGACCAGAAGCUCCAGCGCGAACGUAAUCUGCGAAACAAGUUCAACCCCUCGAAUCGCGAAAGAAUAGUCAAGCAGCUCGAGGACGCCAAAGCAAGUGGCGACGACGCCAGAGCCUCUGAGCUCCAAGAUCAACUUGAUUCAAUGGAGGGCUCGCGCCUGGCAUGGAAGACGAGUCUGACGGCAGCAAAGCCUGCCCCGCCUUCGGGGGUAUCUCAGCAGGAUCGACUUGCUCAGCUCAAUAUCGAGAAUCGACGACGCAAUGCCGAGGCCGUCCGAAAGGCUCAGCUCAAGGAAAAGGCAAAGGCACGAGAGGUGGAAGCCAAGCUGGCCCGUGGAGAAGAUGUUGCAGAGGACACAUCUCGAAGAUUGCGCACUCAGCCCAAGUUCAUGCGGGACGAGAAUGCACCGGCAACCGGCGAGCGUAAGAGCACACCGCUGAGCGCAACAUCAACGCCAGCAAACGGCACACCCAAGAUGGGAGCUGUUCCACCUCACAUUGCCAAGUUGCAACAGCAAAACUCAACGGGCGCGGACAAGAAAGGCAUACCACAAAUUCACCGUCCGCUCAUGGAUGAUGACAUUAUUGGAUCAUUGGAUCUCGACAUCGAUGUGGAGAUUGAUUAG